AUGAAUCCGUGUGUUGUUCCAACAAUUCCCUUUGAUGGCGACGAGGAAUGGAAAAUUCAACACAAACGAUAUGUGGCCGAAGCCAAAGCCAAAGACCCGGAUGUUAUCUUAAUUGGUGCUUCUAUUAUUCAAUUAAUUCAAUGUUAUCCAAUAUGGAAUGAUAAAUUUGUACCAUUAAAAAGUCUAAAUUUUGGAAUUUGUGGUGAUCGAACUCAAGAUGUGUUAUGGAGAGUGAAAAAUGGCAUUCUUGAUCACAUAAAACCUAAAGUUUGUAUUCUUAAUGUUGGAUCAAACAAUGUUGAUAAUACUCCUGCUCAAAUUUCAGAUGGUAUAUUGGCUAUUGUUGAUGAAAUUAGAUCAAAACUUCCUGAUUGCUACAUUAUAAUCAUAGGAAUAUUACCACGUGAUCCUUAUCCAAGUCCAUUGAGAAUUUUGGGAACUCAAGUAAAUGAAAUUUUGAGUGGAAAAGUGAAAAGCAUUUUCAAUGUUGAAUUGUUCAAUUCUCAUUUGCUACAACCAGAUGGUACAUUAAGUCAAGAUGAUGCGCCAGAUUUUCUUCAUCCGUCUGAAAUAGGUUAUCGUAAAAUAUUCAAUCCAAUUUUUGAGCGUCUUAAAAAAAUUCUAGAUGACUGA